AUGGAACUUUUAAAAAUCAAUGAAGAAAUUGUAGAAAAUCUUUUGACUGAAACAGGAUUUGGUUGGUUCAACUGGAAGAUAUACAUAGUAACCGCUUCAGUAUUAAUGAACACUGCGAUUGGAUUAGGAACCAAUGGAUUAAUCCUUCCAUCAGCAGUUUGUGAUUUUGAAUUAUCAGCAAUUACCCAGAGUUACAUGCCAGCUGUGCAGUUGUUAGGAUUGAUAUUUGGUCAGUGCUUCUGGUUCAUAUUCGCCGAAAUAAAGGGAAGAAAAAUACCUCUGACCACUAGUAUUUUUCUUCAAGGUUUCGCAGACCUAACUGCUUCAUUCAUAUCUAAUUACUAUGGAUUUUUAUGUUGUAAAUUUUUCACGGGAAUUGCGUCAAGUGGACAGUUAACUUUAGCGUAUACAUAUUUUAGUGAAUUUCAGCCAUUGAAAUAUAGAAAUAAACUUCUUACUUCUUUGGAAGUCCCCUGGGCUAUCGGUUUAAUUGUCGCCGCAGGCAUCGGCUGGGCAAUAAUCCCAUUGGAGAUCGACUUGGGUGUUCCAGCAUACUUUAUUUUCAACUCCUGGAAUCUUUACCUUUCAAUAUGUUCACUUUUUUCACCGAUAAUUGCCUUGUGGCUGAUAUUUUUUUCGGAAACGCCAAAGUAUCUAGCCGAAACUGGCCAAAAUAAACGACUGAUGGCACUACUGAAUCAAAUGUACCGAGAAAACACUGGAAAUUCAGAGCAAAAUUUCACAGAAAAACUCAAGCAACUGGAAACCAAAACAAUUACUGAACUACUUACUAACUCAGAAGAUGAAACAGCAAAACAUAUCAUCUUCAGUAAAAUGAUUAAACAGUAUUGGAGUCAAGUAGCAAGUUUAUUUAAGCCCCAAUUUUUAAGAAUGACAUUGAUUGGAAUUAUCAUAGCUUACAGUGUUAUGUUUUCGUACUACGCGAUGUUAAUCUGGCAUGGAGAAGUUUUUGAGCGGUUUGCUACCUUCGAAGAACAAUUUCCGAAUACAACAGCAUCUAUUUGUACUAUUUCCAGACAAAUAAUAUUGCAAUUAAAUAAUAAAUCAAAAGCUGUUUGUGAGUCUGAUUUACACUCAGUAUCGUACACGCAUAAUAUAAUUCUAGCAUCAGGACUGGUUCCUCUGACACUACUAGCUACUUUUUCUGUUCAUAAAUUCGGAUUAAGAUGGUGUCUCAUUACUUAUUGUAUAGCCGGAGGAAUUUUCGGAGCUAGUUUUUUGCUGGUAAACAAUUCAACCGAGAAUUUCAUCGUCUUCUCUCUUUCGGAACUACUGGCUUCAAUAAGCAUCGUACUUAUAAUUUCUGUUACUAUAGAAAAUUAUCCAACUCACUUGAGGAUCAGCGCAACGUUCUUUAUAAAUUUAUGUGGAAGAUUCGGAGCGCUAGUUGGAAGCUUAUUAGUAGGCCAUUUGAUCAAUCAUUAUUGUUACUCAUUGGUAUUAAUUAUUGCUGGACAUCUACUAGCUGCCGGCUUUCUCAGUAUUUUUAUUCCAAACAUGAUAAAAAGCGACUCAGCUAAUGAAAAAAAACUAUCAGGAGUCAUUUAA